AAUUUAGUUCAGUCAUUCAGUGCGGUCGGUCAGUAAUUCUGAUUUGCGGUGAAUAGUGGGUAACGUUGAGUUUAUUAAUUUUAUCAAGGAAAUACGAGUUGAGUCGGUGUAAAUAACAAUAGCAGCAUAAAGUGAUAGUGGCAGAUGUGUCUAUUUUUCAUCCAGAAUCAUUUACAUGUAAUCACCAUGGCAGUAAUGACCCACUGUCUCUAAGACGUGUUGUUAUUUCGGCUUCAGGAAGACGAAGUGCUCUGGCGGUGCACAGAAUGCCGAUCGCGCCGCGCGGCCCUCCGCCAUCGACGCCACCCUACCAUCUGCUUCUCCGUAGGAGACCUAGCUUAACCCUCAAGUGUCCUUCUAUAAUAUAACGUCUAACUUUUUGUACGCCUCUUUUAUACCGACCUAUAAGUAUAAGUACGCAGUGUUUAAGUGUCGCGCGCAAGUGUGAGUGUAUAUGUGUGUCGAUGGUGCGGCCGACAUGGGAAAGUCCUCGGCGAGAACACAUGGCCAAGAGAAUGAACGGAGAAUCAAAGCGAACAACAGAGAAUACAACGCGCAGUUCCGCUAUGCCAGCAACUUCAUUAAGACAUCGAAGUAUUCGAUCAUAACGUUCCUGCCGCUGAAUCUGUUGGAGCAGUUCCAGCGGCUGGCGAACUUCUACUUCUUGUGCCUGUUGGUGCUGCAGCUUAUCCCGGCCAUCUCAUCGCUCACACCUAUCACUACUGCGAUACCACUGAUCGGUGUACUUGCUCUCACUGCCGUCAAGGACGCGUACGACGAUUUUCAACGUCAUCAGAACGAUUCACAAGUAAACCACAGGCGAGCGAAAACUCUGCGCAAUGGCAAGCUUGUGGAGGAGAAGUGGGCGUCUGUUCAGGUGGGAGACGUCAUCAGGCUGGAGAACGACCAGUUCGUCGCGGCGGACAUUUUGCUCCUCAGCAGCUCGGAGCCCAACGGUCUCUGUUACAUAGAGACUGCCGAGUUGGAUGGGGAGACGAAUUUGAAAUGUCGUCAGUGCCUUUUAGAGACGGCUGCAAUGGGGCAGGACGACGCACAACUGGGUGCUUUCGACGGUGAGAUCGUCUGCGAAACACCCAAUAAUCUACUUAAUAAGUUUGAAGGUACGCUGAGCUGGCGCAACCAGCAUUUCUCUCUAGACAACGACAAGAUCCUACUGCGUGGCUGUGUACUACGCAACACGCAGUGGUGUUAUGGCGUUGUCGUGUUCGCCGGGAAAGACACCAAACUCAUGCAGAACUCCGGCAAGACCAAAUUCAAGCGCACCAGCAUAGAUAGGCUACUUAAUUUUCUUAUUAUAGGGAUAGUAUUCUUCUUGCUAUCGAUGUGCGUGUUCUGCACGGUGGCUUGUGGCGUAUGGGAGUGGCUGGUGGGGCGCUACUUCCAGGCGUACCUGCCUUGGGACACGCUGGUCCCAGCCGAGCCCACCUGGGGAGCCCUCGUCAUCGCCCUGCUCGUCUUCUUCUCAUACGCCAUCGUAAUGAACACUGUCGUGCCUAUAUCGCUCUAUGUCUCUGUAGAGGUAAUAAGGUUUGCCCAGAGUUUCCUCAUAAACUGGGACGAGAAAAUGUAUUACGAAAAGACUGGUACAGCGGCAAAGGCGCGAACUACCACUUUAAAUGAGGAACUCGGCCAGAUCCAGUACAUAUUCUCAGAUAAAACGGGCACUCUCACUCAGAACAUAAUGACGUUCAACAAGUGUUCGAUAGCAGGCGUUUGCUAUGGAGACGUCGUGGACGAAACCACCGGUGAAACUAUAGACCUCGCCGAGGUACGUCAUAGCUCGGAGCCUUUGGACUUCUCGUUUAACCCUGAAUACGAGCCGGAGUUCAAGUUCUUCGACAGCACCCUCCUGGAUGCAGUGAAGAGAGGCGACAAGAAUGUCCACGACUUCUUUCGUCUGCUCGCGCUGUGUCACACGGUUAUGCCCGACCAGAAGAACGGCAGGCUUGAAUACCAGGCACAAUCGCCCGACGAGUCUGCCCUGGUUUCAGCAGCAAGAAAUUUUGGUUUCGUGUUCAGAGAACGCUCGCCUAAUAGUAUUACAAUAGAAGUAAUGGGUAAAACAGAGGUGUAUGAAUUGUUAUGUAUAUUAGAUUUUAAUAAUGUUAGGAAAAGAAUGUCCGUGAUAUUGAGGAAGGAUGGUGAAAUUAGGUUAUAUACAAAAGGUGCUGAUAAUGUAAUAUAUGACAGAUUAAAAAGUGGAAGUCAAACAGAUGUAAAGUCAAAGACACAGGAACAUUUAAAUAAAUUUGCGGGCGAAGGUCUGCGUACGCUGGCGCUGGCGUGGCGCCCGCUGGAGGAGCGCGGGUUCGCCGAGUGGAAGCGCAGGCACCACGCCGCCGCGCUCGCCCUGCACGACAGGGACGAACAGCUCGACGCCAUCUACGAGGAGAUCGAGACCGACCUACUGCUCAUGGGCGUAACAGCAAUAGAAGACAAAUUACAAGACGGUGUACCAGAAACAAUAGCGAAUCUCAGUAUGGCCGGCAUCAAGGUGUGGGUCUUAACCGGCGACAAACAAGAAACAGCGAUAAACAUCGGCUACUCGUGUCAGCUGCUGACGGACGAUAUGGCGGAGGUGUUCGUCAUAGACGGAGUCUCCUACGACGACGUAGACCGACAGCUCGCCAAGUGCCGGGACAGUAUACGAGUCGUCAACACAUUCAUGCCUCACGGUUCAUCAGAGGCGAAGUCCCCGGGCGAGGCAAACGGCGGCGCGGGCGUGUCGCGCGCGUCCCCCGGGCGCGCCAACGUGAAGCUGAACGCGCCCGCCGUGUCCGUCGUGACAUUUAGCAACGAGUACGUGUCCGGUGGCGCCCCCUACACGGCAGACUCGCACGACCACAACGACGACACGAACGGUUUCGCCAUCGUCAUCAAUGGACACUCGCUCGUACACUGCCUGCAUCCUAAACUUGAGGAGAAAUUCUUAGAUGUAGUAUUACAAUGUCGAUCAGUGAUCUGUUGUCGAGUGACGCCAUUGCAGAAAGCAAUGGUGGUAGAACUCAUUAAGAAGAGUCGGAAAGCCGUCACAUUAGCCAUCGGGGACGGCGCCAACGACGUCUCUAUGAUCAAAGCGGCCCACAUAGGCGUGGGUAUAUCGGGGCAGGAGGGCAUGCAAGCAGUGUUGGCCUCCGACUACUCCAUAGCGCAGUUCCGGUUCCUGCAGCGUCUACUGUUAGUGCACGGUCGCUGGUCCUACUACAGGAUGUGCAAGUUCCUGCGAUAUUUCUUCUACAAGAACUUCGCCUUCACCGUCUGUCAUUUCUGGUUCGCGUUCUUCUGCGGAUUUAGUGCGCAGACGGUGUUCGACGAGAUGUUCAUCUCAGUGUACAACCUGUUCUACACGUCGCUGCCAGUGCUGGCGCUGGGCGUGUUCGAGCAGGACGUGGCCGACACCACGUCGCUGCAGUUCCCCAAGCUGUACGCGCCCGGACACACCAGCCAGCUCUUCAACAAGACAGAGUUCAUCAAGUCCACGCUGCAUGGGUGCUUCACCUCGCUCGUGCUCUUCUUGAUACCUUACGGUACAUACAAAGAUGGUCUGGCGCCUAAUGGAUUGAUUCUGUCAGAUCACAUGUUACUAGGAACUGUAGUAGCAACAAUAUUAAUUAUAGACAAUACAACACAGAUAGCCUUGGAUACGACAUAUUGGACAGUGUUCAACCAUAUAACGAUAUGGGGAUCACUGGUGUCGUACUUCGUUCUAGAUUAUUUCUACAAUUACGCGAUCGGCGGCCCGUACGUCGGCUCGCUGACGGUCGCGCUGACGCAGGCCACCUUCUGGUUCACCGCCGUCCUCACCGUGAGUAUAGCUAGCGACGCGCGCUACCGGAGCGGAGCGGAGCGGGCAGUGAGAGCGCGUGUGUUGCAGAUGAUCAUCCUGAUGGUGCCGGUGGUGUCGUGGCGCCUGGCGUGCUCGUGGACGCGGCCCACGCUGGCCGAGCGGCUGCGCGCGCGCCAGCGCUGGCGGGCCGCCGCGCCCGCGCCGCGCACGCCGUCCGCGCGCCGCGCGCGCCGCUCCGUGCGCUCGGGGUACGCCUUCGCGCACCAGGAGGGCUUCGGCCGCCUCAUCACGUCGGGCAAGAUCAUGCGCCGCAUCCCGCACGCGGACGCGGCGCUGUCGGCGCUGGCGUCGCUGCCCGGCAAGUUCCACGCGCGCCCCGAGCCGCCCGCCAGCCCGGGCCCCGCGGCCCCGGGCCCCUCGCCCCCGGGCCCCGCGCGGGCCCCGACGCAGAACCUGGCGACGGUGGACUUAUGAGUGCGCCCGGCGCCGCGCGCGCCCCCCAUUGUGAUAACGUCGGUAGAGUUAAACUUCGUAUUGUCCUACUAUUGCCUAUUGAAUUAUAUUUGUUGAUCGAGAUUAUAUAUUGAUAGAUAUUUAUGGCGGCCCGCGGAGGGUCGCUCGUGCGACUCCGUUGUUUUUUACUCGUGUCGUUUCGUUCGUUGAGUUUGUCGGUCCGGGCGUCCGGUCCCGGGGAAAUGUGCAUUUAGACGAGCCGUCGAUAUCGCCGGCAGUGAAAACGCGACAUGACUUGUAUUAUUAAUAUUAUUUUCAGAACGUUAUGUUAGUGCCAAAGGAGAAUGAACAACAGUUGAACUGUCUAUAAAUGUUUAGAAUAUUUAUGUCAGAAUGUUUCUAUUCAAUCAAAAUGUUGUUGUUAUAUUUUGCCAUAAUCAAAAUUCAAAAAAUAAUAAUGUUUGUUUUGUCAACCUUGUAAUUGUUAAAAUAUCUACUCUGAUUAUGUACUUAGGACAUCUUACAUAAAAGUAUUAAUUUAUAAUAAAAUACGAUGAAUCUACGUAAUAUAUGUAAAUCAAAAAGAUUGUAAAAUAAAAACAUGUAGCGUUUUAACUGCAUGUGAAUAUUAUGAUCAACAUUUGCUUUGGAAUCAGUUUUUUAAUAAAAAAAUAAUAAUUCUUAAAA